AUGGCCGCGGGAACGCCGGCGCCGCUGCUCAUUUGUCACCGCGGGCCGCCCGUCUGGCCAAUCACGGGGCUGCAUGCGGCGCCCAAGACCAAUGGGAGCUCAGAGGCGGAGCGGAGUCUCAGGCAGGUACUGCAGGGCUCCGAACUGCUCCAACUCUGCCGGCCGACUGGGAUCGGACAACCGGCCUGUGAGCUUCUACAAAGCCGGCAGAGGACCCGAAGCUCUGAGAAGCCAGUUGCACCGCCCCUUCCUGCCCCACAGAAGGCCUUCCAGCUUCCCCGGGAGCCCAAGACAGUCGCAGCCUCUGGACAGGUGCACCUGGUGGUGCUAGGGCCCGCCUCCCAGGACCCUGCAGCCGCGGCCACGGUGUGCCUGACCCCCUUACCCCUUCUGCCAGCCACAGCAGGGCUGCGGCCCAGAGUCCCUGCCCAGCACCGGUCUGCUGCCCAGCACCCGCAGUCUGGGCUGGGCGCGGUGCUUGGAGCCCUUCAGCGGCGUGUGCAGAGGCUGCAGCAGCGGCAGGAGAGGCACCAGGCACAGCUGCGGGAUCUUGAACAGCUGGCACAGCAGCUGUGCAAGGAGAACCUGCAGGCGCGCCUGCACCGGGUCCCGCUGUGCAUGCUGCCCAGACCUGAGGAAUCCCAGACUUUCACCAUCAUCUGCGGAGGGUCUGACAUCGCCGUGGUCCUUGCCCAGGGCCCUGCCUCUCCCACGCCGGAUGUCAAACCUGAGCUCCUGGAAGCCCAGACACCCAGUACAUAAAGACCAGGUGGACAGUGUCAAGGAACAGAAGACGAAGAAGAGAGGUCAUCAGACUGGGGAUUUGCCCAGCCUCACUGCCUGGGGGAGUGAGGUGCUACCCCCAAGGGCCUGGGUUCCACUCCCCACUCCCAGGGAUCCCCUGAAUUUCAUGACUGACUUGGGCCCACAUCCCCCAUCAGCCCUCAUUCCCCUGGAUGCCUGGCCCCUGCCACCUACAGCUCAAAUUUUUGCAGUGAGGUAAGCCUCCUCAGCAGAACAAGGGGCUUGUGUCUGGGGCGUGCUGUACCUGGUUCUGAUGAGCCCAGGCACCCUGUGCCAGGUCUGCUGCUAAGUCAAGGACAGCAGUAAAACAGCAGCAGCCACCCCUCCCCUCGUGGUGCUCACGUCCUGUUUGAGUUAAAGGUGAACUAGAAAACCAAUAAACGACAUCACUUCAGACUGUGAA